AUGGUUUUCAAGAAAAAGGGUCCAGGACCAAGAAAUGGCGCCCAAUAUGGUGCUCCCUUUAGAGAAGAAGACUGGACCGAUGAUGAAGAAGAUAACCGAGUAGAAGUGGGGCCUUCUGCGAUAAUGACUUUCCAAAACAACUUGUUGCCUAAUAGAAAUCAUGUUGCUUGUAGCUCCCAUGCUUUCGAGAGUACUGGGAAUGUAUUUUCACCAGAAUCAUGUGUAUCUGAUAUGGUACCACCUAGUUCUGAGGUGACACUACCAGUUUCUGCUAAUAAUGGUCCAAUAGAGAAUCGGACCAUGCAAGAAACAUACAAGUUGGCACCUCGGGUUUAUCAUGGCGAAGAUUUCGAUGAACUUGUUGACGUAGGGGAAGAUGAUGAUGAAGUGGGUAAUGAUGUUGAGAUUGAUGAAGCUGCUAAUGAUAUUGAGAAUGAUGAUUGUUAUAAUUUGUUGCAUGAUAUUGUUGAGAAUGAUGUGGAGGAUGUCGGUGAUGUUGCUACUGGAUUUCCUAGAGGUGGAGCUAAUGCUGAGAAGUUUGAUUACCUUUUUGAUGAUAUGAAACGACCAUUGUACCCCGAGUGUGAAACCUUUUCGGUGUUGACAUUUUAG